AUGUCCAUCUUACUUCUACUAAAUUGUCCUAUAGUAAUUACAGGGAACAAUGAAGACCAAAGUGGCGAAUUCUCACCAGCACCUGAAAAAGGAAACCUUCUACAAAUUCUCGGUGAAAUGAAUUCGCGGCCCCUGCCUGAGAACUUAGCAUCCAAUCUACCUCUCAUCAAAACCUCAAGUUCAAGUUUUCCCAAUCGCACACGGCCCGAAAGGCUGAACCAAACAACCAUGGACUUGCUAGCAGCUCUUUCAUCAGAAACUCAGUCUCAACUGAGCUUCGAGGGUAGAAACUCCGAGAAAAGCAGGCCAUCUUAA